AUGACGACAGAACCCGCUACCCUUCCACCGCUACCAGAACCGCAUUCCUCCCCUCACGUUACCAUUGUUCUAACCACCGUCAUCCUCGUGCUCUUCUUUAUAGGAUUCUUCAUGAUAUAUUUUUGCAGAUGUUUCAUGCAGAAUGUGUUUCACACGUGGAAUUCCCGUCGUAACCCUUCCAGGGCACAUAUAGCUGGGCUUGGGCCCAAUUGUCAGCCCGGGCUUGAUCCUUCGGUUAUAAGUACUUUCCCUACGUUUACUUACUCGAAUGUUAAAGAUUUUCGUCGCGAGACGUAUGGUUUAGAAUGUGCUAUAUGUUUGUAUGAGUUUGAGGAUGAUAACGUCCUUCGGCUUCUAACAAAGUGUUAUCAUGUGUUUCAUCAAGAGUGUAUCGAUCUUUGGCUCGAGUCACAUAAAACAUGCCCAUUUUGUCGACGAGGUCUUGAAACACCAAUUAACUCACCAGAAAAGUCUCCUGUUCCGGCCCAAAACAGUCCACCGAUGCAUGAGAUUCACGAAAACGAGGUGCUUGAAGACACGUUUACUAUUAAUAUACGAGAUGAAAACGAAGGGAGCAACAAUACCGAUCAUAUGAAGGAGGAAACGAGCAAGGGGAAGCAUGUAACGAUCGAAAUGGAGAGACAAGAUAGAUCAGAAGAAGGUAAGAGUAAAGAAAGAUUCUCGAGAAACCACUCAACGGGCCAUUCGAUUUCCAAAAGUACUAAAACGAUUGAAGAUCAAGAUCGGUUUACUUUAAGAUUGCCUGAAAACAUACAGGCAAAACUCAUCCAUGGACAUAACUUGACACGAAGUUGUACGGAGUUUGGAGAUAUCGAAACAAGAACUUCCACCAGAAACACUGGAUUUGGAGAGGUGUCAACGUCUAGUGAUACACGAGUAAAAGACUCCGAAACGGUUGGUUGA